AUGUUGUUAAGUCGUGCGUCAGAGAAAACCUCAACAAGCUCAUCUGUCACUCCCAUGAUAGUCACUCCUACUGGCCAACAAGUUAUCUCUGUUGCAGAAAUCUCAUCAGCACCUUCUAUGAGAGUGUUCUAUGUUGAAGCAGAAAUGGCCAUAUUAGAUGAAUUCCAACAGUUUUGUGUGCUUGAAUGCCCAGGAUGCAAACAGAAGAAGCGCACAAAGGAUAGAAAGGAUUUUGAAUGUCCAAAAAUGCAAUCGGAAAACAACAUUAGUGCCUCGCAUAUAUUAUGCACAAAUUUCAAACUUGCCAUCAUUUCAGGUGUAUCUUUUCAAAUUGAUCUUAUUGAUGGUACUGCUACAACCACAGCAUCUAUCUCUGCUGAAUUGGGAGAAAAAUUACUCUCCAUGACAGCAGAAGACAUAUUUGACAUAACUUGCACUAAGCGGCAAUCAUUGUCUCUUGAUAAUGUCCAUCAGAUGUUGUCAAACAAAGUAUUCCAAAUUGAGCUAAGGAAGUCAUCUUGGGGCAACUCAAAUAGCACGCAUGCAACUUUGUCCAUUCUUUCCUACAUGGAAAAGGAACAUACUCCACAGAGCACUACUGAUAGGAAUUCUAAAAAGAUAAGGCCUUUGGAAAUAAGUGAGGUGGAUGUGACAGCAACAACUACUGCAGCUGGUUCCUCAAAUGCAGCGCCAAAAUUUGAACCACCCACACCAACCAAAAAAGUGUGA